AUGGCAGCAACCAGGGCCCCGCCUGCUGGUUUUGGGGAACUUGAGGUGCUGGCUGUAGGAACAGUCCUGCUGAUGGAAGCGCUCUCUGGCAUCAGCCUCAAUGGCCUGACCAUCUUCUCUUUCUGCAAGACUCCAGAUCUGCGGACUCCCAGCAACCUUUUGGUACUGAGCCUGGCACUGGCAGACACUGGGAUCAGUCUGAAUGCCCUUGUUGCAGCUGUAUCCAGUCUCCUCCGAAGGGUCAUUUUGCCCAUUGUUUCCCACAGGAGCUGGCCACAUGGUUCAGAGGGCUGCCGGGUUCAUGGUUUCCAGGGAUUUGCAACAGCACUGGCCAGCAUCUGUGGCAGUGCAGCCAUUGCCUGGGGACGCUAUCACCACUACUGCACCCGUAGACAGUUGGCAUGGGACACUGCCAUCCCUCUGGUGCUGUUUGUGUGGCUAUCAUCUGCCUUCUGGGCAUCCCUGCCCCUGAUGGGCUGGGGCCAUUAUGACUACGAGCCCGUGGGGACAUGCUGUACCCUGGACUACUCUAGGGGUGACAGAAACUUCAUCAGUUUUCUCUUCACCAUGGUCUUUUUCAACUUCCUUGUACCCCUGUUCAUCACACAGACUUCAUACCGGUUCAUGGAGCAGAAACUCUCCAGGAGUGGUCAUCUCCAGGUGAAUACUACUCUUCCAGGCAGGAUGCUGCUGCUGGGCUGGGGCCCCUAUGCCCUCCUGUACCUAUAUGCUGCUGUCGCAGAUGUGAGCUUCAUCUCUCCCAAACUACAGAUGGUGCCUGCCCUCAUUGCGAAAACCAUGCCCACAAUCAACGCCAUCAACUAUGCGUUGCGCAGCGAGAUGGUCUGUAGAGGAACCUGGCAGUGCCGAUCUGCACAAAAGAGCAAGCAGGACCGAACCCAGUGAAAUUCUUCAAGGGGCUGAUCACAGUCAAGCCUACCUCUUCAAGCCUGGGCUAAGGAUGCCCCAGGUCAAGAAGAUGCUGCCGUAUACUUCCCAGGAGCCCCAGAAACCAUGCCAGAGACUACAUCCCCACCAGCCUUAAGAUCCCUGUUGAGUGUAAACUUAGGCUGGACCCAAGAAUUCAGAUACUAGGUUCAGUGAAAAAAGUGUUGGUCACAGCCCUCUACACACAG